GAUGUAGCGUAGCAUUUCCAUCCUGGACCGGCAUGUGGACUCCCAAAAAAAAGUCAAUCAAGGUUAAUCAAACCCCCCGAUCGUACAAGGAUUCAAAGAGCUGUUAUUUGUGUGCAGUGCAGUAUUUGUUAUCAGAACUGGCAAAGCAAAGAGUAAAGUCCAUGUGUUCUAAGUGUGCAACUUGAGGUGCUUUAAACCCAUGUGACAUGUGUGUGUGUGUGUGUGUGUGUGUGUGUGUGUGGCAGCGUUUUGUGUAUCUAACUGUGAGAAAAAGAGGAAAAGAGAGUGUCAGUGUGAGUGAUAUGCGUGAUUGUAAUAUGUUACGUUGUGCAGUGUUGCAGUCACUGUUGUGUUUCAACACACUGCAGUUCUCAUAACUGCCGUGCACAGCCUCCCCCCCCUUCCUCUUUCCCGUCUGAUUCACUGAUAGUGCAGACAUGGGGCCUCUCACGUAUUACAUGCCGGCUGUUCACUGCCACCCCCACCUCCCCCUGCAACCCCACAUCAUCUCUCACCAAUACCACCGCCACCCCCUGGGACCCCCAACAGACAUGCGGCGCAGAAGGUGGAUUCAAAAGACCAGAGCAUACUGCCUGUCCAGUAAUUAGCCACUUCAAAGGCUCAUUUUAAUAAUACUCAAAUGAUGGGGAAGCUGGACGUCAGGCUCACUUCUCCUGUCAUACAAUGAUGGAUCUACAAACAGAAGCCAUUUUCUUUCUUUUUUGAAUCUCGUGAAUCAGGAACUAGUUCACAUUUAUGUUGGGGUGUGAGACCGUCAGCUAGCCUGAGACUGUCCACGAAGUCACUUUAGUGGAUGGCCCCAGAAGUGGAGGCCAGAUGGAAAUUGGGUCACAUGACCGCCUCCAGGAAGGCGCGCUGAGCCUGGAACUGGCCAAUGGGGUGAAUCGCUACCCUAAUGAUGAUACAACAUCUAUGGAAAAAGAGCAGCAGAGGGCAGGAAGCGUGCCGCCAAGGCAGUGCUGGGUGUCAGGACAUGGCAAGGUCAGUGACACCCAGCAACCAUGUUGGAACAGCAGCAGCGGUACCCCUGGUGAACCUGUCCACCACGCAGAUAUGGAGGAUGCCCACAAUCUGGUGGCUUUUUCUGCUAUUGCUGGCUCCUUGCCUCGUUCUUCCUCCUCUUCCUGCCUCGUGCAGCCUAACACAGCCCAGCUGUAUGAGAAGUUCACCAAGGAGAUGGGCACUGAGGGGGCUCAGAUCAAACUCUCUGCAGGAGCUCCUGAGGGAAGCUGCCAAACUCCAGAAGACCUGAACACUCUACAGACAGCACUGAGCCAAGCCAAACAUGGACACAAGCCCCCUAACUGCAACUGUGAUGGGCCUGACUGUCCAGACUAUCUUGAGUGGCUGGAGAAGAAGAUUAAGUUGGCAACCAAUGAGGAUCAAGGUGCCUGCAAGAUGACUGAUGUUCCCCCACACUUACAGCCUCACCUACAGCAACCCCAUUUGCAGCAUCACCCUCAGCCCUACCCCCAGAUGAAUGGUGGCCACCAUCUGUCUGCUUCAUACCCCCAGCAGCAACAGGGAACUCAGGGCCCUCGCCUAGACCAAGUGCCCUGCUCCAAACCCCCAAUUCCCUGCUCUCCCCAGGUGCUCUUCAUAGCCAAGGAAAAGAACGUCAGUCUUCAGACAGCCAUUGCCAUAGAAGCUCUUACACAGUUAUCUGGUACUGGUCCGCUAGCUGCCGGUUCUCCAGGUCAAGCUCCCUACCACAGUAACCUCCAUCACCACCAACAUACCCAGAAUUUCCCAUCUCAGCCCCCCAAUGGCACUAGCUUGAUCCCUUCCUCUCCCAGCAACCACUCAUCUUCCUCACGCUCACAAUCCGUCCCUCCGGGACUGCACACCAUUCAGCAGGCCCAAGUGUCCUGUGAGCACCAUAGGCCCCAAUCCCAGGGCCAGCCACCCCAUGCUUCCCCUCUCCAAUCCUCUACCUCUCCCUUCCCAAGUCAGGGAAUACAUCCAGGCUUCAGCCCUAAUCCCCAGCAGUGGCAGCAGGGCUCAGGCAGAGGCUCUGAACAGAGGAACCCAUGGAUGUGUAUAAAGUCUGAGCCCCAGUCUCACUACGCUGCUGCACCUCACAGUAGCUCGGACCCCAUGUCAGAGCUCAAACAGCUGCUUGGUGACACCAGUGGUAAGUUCAGCAAUGCCCAUUUCAAGCUUCCAGUCACACAGCAGAUUAGCUUGAACCAGAACGGAGGUAUCCAGGGCCAGGACAACCCUGCAUUGGUUAGAAUAAAGCAAGAACCAGACGCUGGUGAGCACCUCCAUCACACUGCCUCCAUGGCACAUUACGGCAUGGCUAAUGGUCAGCAGCAUGGUCAGCACUAUGCGGGCACUCCCCUGUCUCCUGGCCAAGCAGCUAUUAGCCACUCCACUCAGGCAGCUCUGCAACAGCACCUUCACUACAAGAGGAACCUUUUCUCUAACCACUCCCCUGGCUUUGGAGCACCAGGCCCUCAUGCACCUCUAAAAAAAUGGUGGCCACAGAUGGAGGCAGAAGGUUUUCCACAUCUGGCCAUCAAACAGGAACCCAAGGAACCCAAAAAGAGAAAAAGCAGCCAAGGAUCUCCUGUCAUAAAAGCUAUGAGUGGGAUGCUUGGAGUCCCUCCCCUGCCCAAACCCAAACAGAUAAUCAUCAAGAAGACCAAGCAGAAAGCCUCCAUGCCAACCUUCCUGCCUCAGAAUCAGAUCACCGUACAAAAACCAUCAGUCCUCAUGAUGGACAGAGCCCUGGCCCUGACCAGCCUGCAGCCAGGUUCUCUCCCCUCUCUGCCCCUCCACAGUAACCCCACUCAGGCUGCUGCUGCAGGCCUCCCUGCCCCAGUCCAAUCUCAGGUAUCCAUUUCCAAUUACUCAAUUACUUCCUCUUCCACUGCUUCUGCUUUGUCAGAAAACACUCCAGCCCUCAUGGGCCCUCUGCCCCCACCAGUGGCCCCUGUAGCCAAUGCUAAGUCAGAGGGAGUUGGCAGCCUUGCCUCCAGUAACACCAGCACCACCACACCUAUGACCUCCACAUCUUCAUCCAGCACCUCACAAUUACAGAGUGUCAUCAACAUAGACCCGAAGUACGAAGAACUUAUCCGUCAGUUUGAGGCUGAAUUUGGGGACUCAGCCCCAGAUGCACCUGCCAGUCAGCCCAUGGAGGAGACUGCUACAGCCCCUCAGCUGAAGAAUCAGUCCCAGAACGGUCCUCAGGACCUCAGUCCCACAUCAUCUUCCACCUCCAAGUCGGCUCCCUUAAUUGUCUCCACUCAAGCCAGCUCCAUACCUCAUCCAGAUGAUCAGGAGAUGGUAGUCAGCAAGGAUAAGUUAGGGCCCCAAAGUGAAGCAUCCUUGAACCAGGCAUCCACAGAAAUCCCUAUGGGGGAUGUCGCUCCGCAUCAUCAAGCCAUUCUGGACAAGCAGCAGCAGCCAAGUGUGUUAGAGGAUACGUUCAGCGUGCCGUGUUCUCCGCUGCCCAAACGCAUGAAGAUCGAAGCCUCGGGUGAUAUAGCAGUACUUUCCACUACAUGCUAUUCUGAAGAGGACACGCCCACUAAGGACAGUCUGCCUUCUUCUCCAUCUCUCAGAGGCUUCCUAGAGUCUCCUCUGCGCUACCUGGACACCCCUACCAAGACCAUACUGAGUACUCCUUCCAAGGAUCUACAGUCAGAGUUCCCCACCUGCACCUGUGUGGAGCAAAUCGUGGAGAAAGAUGAAGGGCCCUACUACAACCACCUGGGAUCUGGACCUACUGUAGCCUCUAUACGAACCCUGAUGGAGACCAGGUAUGGAGAGAAGGGGGAUGCCAUCCGGGUUGAGAAGGUGGUGUACACAGGCAGAGAGGGGAAAAGCUCACAAGGAUGUCCUAUUGCUAAGUGGGUGAUCCGUCGCAGCGGCGAGACAGAAAAGCUGCUGUGUCUGGUGCGUCAGCGUGCAGGCCACCACUGUGCCAACGCUGUCAUCAUCAUCCUCAUUAUGGCCUGGGAAGGUGUCCCAAGGGCCCUGGCUGACAAGCUGUACAGCGAUCUAAGUGUCACCCUCACCAAAUAUGGCAACCCCACCAGCCGACGCUGUGGCCUCAAUGAUGAUCGUACCUGUGCAUGUCAAGGCAAGGACAGUGAAACUUGUGGUGCUUCCUUCUCCUUUGGCUGCUCCUGGAGUAUGUACUUUAAUGGCUGUAAGUACGCCCGAAGCAAAAUACCGCGCAAGUUCAGGCUACAAGGAGAUCGCCCUGAAGAGGAGGACAAACUCAGGGAUAAAUUCCAGCAUCUGGCAACUGAGGUGGCUCCUUUGUACAAGCAGCUGGCCCCACAGGCCUUCAGUAACCAGUGCCAGACAGAGUCGAAGGCUCCAGACUGCAGGCUGGGCUUGAAGGAAGGCCGCCCGUUCUCUGGAGUCACUGCUUGCAUGGACUUCUGUGCCCACGCUCACAAGGACCAGCACAACCUCUACAAUGGUUGCACAGUGGUGUGUACUUUAACUAAGGAGGACAACCGUUCAGUGAAGGAGAUCCCUGAGGAUGAGCAGCUCCAUGUGUUGCCUCUUUACAGGAUCUCCCAGACUGAUGAGUUCGGCAGUGAAGAGGGCCAACGUUUGAAGAUGCAGACGGGAGCCAUCCAUGUGCUUCAGGCUUUCCGCCGUGAGGUACGCAAGUUGCCCGAACCUGCCAAGUCCUGCCGACAGCGCCGACUGGAGGCCAAAAAGGCCAACUCGGAGAAGAAGAAAAAUAAACUCAUGCAGCAGGCAGGGGAGACACCAGAGAAAACAGUGGUCAAGGAAGAGGUCUGCAUCACCGGUUCCCCUCAACCCCAAGGCAAUAAAGCAAUUAUAAAACAGGAAGUGAAGCCUAACAUCAAGAAGGAGCCCUUCAACGGAUCAAUAGAGAGAUACCCUGUGCAGGCAACAGACCCGUUCAGCAACAUCUAUCCACACCCUGCCUACUAUGCAAGGGGAGGCCUCCCCCCAACUGGCCAGCCCUCUGCACCAGACGCAGUAAACGGUUACCACCACAAUCUGCCCGCAAUGCACUAUGGCUACUACAACUAUCCACCCAAUGCACUUUUCCCCCCUAAGCUGAGGACCUACGAGGGUCGAAAUGGCUCUUUGCCCAAAGCAGGCAGCAAGGCUGUCCAGGUUGACACCAAGCCUGAUAUUCAGAGCCUUCAGGCCAGACUGGCCCAGUCGUACCCCAGCCACCCAGAGCAAGCCAACCACAGCGCUUACACCCAGCCUGCAGACUACAACCAGUCCCGUCCUUCCUCUGUCUGCUCUGAAUCCUCCAACAGAGGCACUCCAGUCAUCAAACAGGAGCCUAUGGAUGUGCCAGUCUAUGAAGGCACAAUGCAGAGCCAAGCUGGUGUCAACACACCUAGCACCACCCCCAAGCCUGCAGCCUGGCCUGGGCACAAGCUUAAUGGAAGUAUCAUAACUAAACUAAGUCCUGAAGCCUCAUUGUUGAACCCAGACAAGCAGCAGUUUCACCAGCAUCCCCAGCAGCGACAGCCCUCUCCUUACCCCCAGCAGUGGACAUACCCUGGCUCAAAUGCCCUGAUGGUUUCCCCUGGCCCAUCGCCGUCACUCAAGGUACCUCCCUCUCCAUCUCCGUCCCCUCACCUACUCACAGCGUUCCCAGGUAACAUACACCAAGGGUCCACACGCCCUGCCACCCCACACCCGAGCACCCCUCGCCCAGGUACACCACAGCCUGGCAGCUCUCACUCAGGCUUAGUUACACCACAGCCAGGCACCCCAGGCUCAGGAACCCCCAGGUACUGGGCCAGCCCUUGUCCUAGUCCUCAGCCGAAUGCUUGGGCCAUGGGGCCUAUGGCACAUAGCCCUGGUUUGAAGCACAGCAAUCCUGCAGGAGCUUACCCUGACAAGAUCUGGUCCAAGACUGGGGAGAGUCGGUGUUCCACUCCCCUUGGGCUCCAAGAGAAGGCCUGGAAGUCUUGUGGAGGUUCAUUGGCAGGCAGUACCCCGUCCCCUGCCCCUGAGGGUCGCCUCUUCCCUGAUGCCCUGCAGCAGUCAGAUCAGGCCUGCUGGAAUCCUGGCCGGGCUGAGAGUGAUGUUGAGAGCACCCAGGGCCGCGAGGAGGAUGAUGAUGAGGUGUGGUCUGACAGUGAGCACAACUUCUUGGAUCCCAACAUUGGUGGCGUAGCGGUAGCACCCGCUCAUGGCUCGAUCCUGAUUGAAUGUGCCCGUCGGGAACUACAUGCUACCACUCCUCUCAAAAAGCCCGAUCGCUCUCACCCUACCCGCAUCUCCCUGGUCUUCUACCAGCACAAGAACCUCAACCAGCCCAUGCACGGCCUGGCUAUAUGGGAGGCCAAAAUGAAGCUGCUGGCAGAGCGAGCGCUGCAGAGGCAGCAGGAAGCAGCUCUCCUUGGCCUCUCCCAGGAUGACAUCAAGGCCCUUGGGAAGAAACGCAAGUGGGGGGCUACGGUGGCAGGUGCCAGUCCUGGACCUGGACAAUGUAAAGACAAGAGGGAGGGGCCAGUGACGCGGUUAGCCCCCACGUUCCACACCUCCUCUAUUGUUACUGUGUCUCCCUAUGCCUUCACCCGCCUCACUGGGCCCUACAGCCACUUUGUCUGAGGUCAGACAGACACAAACAGACUGAUAACUACAGAGUGGUGCAGUGGAGGGCUGGAGAGAGCGAUGAGCAGGAUGAAUGUCUCUCAGCCGUCCCGCAGUCUGGCAUCUCUCCAUCCUGCCCCCUCCGCAGUCCACUUGGAGGAGGAGGGGACAUUUUUAUUGUUUUUUACCUCAUGUCAGGCAGUGGUUUGGGCUUCAGACCCACUGCCUGUGGUGCUCUUCCUCUCUCUUCCCUGGAGAGGAACUCCAUUGCUUUUUCUUGUUCAUAGAAUUUUAAUGAUUCUAAUUAUUGCUAUUAUUAUCAAUAUUAUUAUGAUUGCUAUUGUUACUGUCAAUGUUGUUAUUACAGGUAUUAUGAUAAUGAAGACUUGUUUGUUUUUUAUUAUUGCUGUUUUCAUUAAUGUUAUUAUUAAUGAUGUGAUUGUUUUUGGUUAUAUAUUUUUUUAAAUCAAUCAGUCUGAGUCGGUCAGACUCAGACAAUUGCUUUUUCCAUGUUUGGAAAACGUGUACCCCUUUUUCUGUUUUGGAUUUUCUUUGUUCUUGUCAAUCUUCCAGCUGUACUUGGAGGAGGAGCCAUUAUCUGCCUGGCAAGACAGCAAAUCAAUGUUACACUAAUCAUAUGUACGUAUAUAAAAAAGAAGAAAAGAAGCCUUUCCAGUAGGCUUGCCUUAGAUAUCUAUCUCUAUUUUGACAUAGACAGAUAUGUAUCUUUGAUUUUAAGGCAGUUUAGCCCUCCAUAAAAGAUCAAUAAUAUUAUUAUUAACCUGGGCUCUAUUUCCUAGUUUUGUGUUCAGAUGUACGUUGCUUAUGCAGCAGCAGCUGUCUAAUGCCUCAUUUCCACUGCAUGGUUCGGCUCGACUUGACUCAACUACAUUUUUUCUUUUUGGUACCAGGUGCUAUUUCGCUUUUCACUGCGGAUAGUACCCUGUUAGUGUAGGCUGGAUUCUCAGCUGGUCGCCAUAACGACAUUGCGUGAAACUGCUGUGAUCUGCAUCUUCAAGCGAUACUCGCUGGAUCUUUUCAUCUGCAACAUUCCUGCACCGUGGUGUAGUGGACAGCGUAGUGUACGUCGUAGUUUUCGCGGGCUGCCAUCUUUUAAAAUCUGGGGCGAGUGAAUAACUAAAUUGCAGUCACGGUAACUUGUCUAUUUUAAAUGGCAGGUUUGUGCAGGAUGUCCCCUGUCGCACUAGUGACGAUUCUCUCUGACCAAUCAGUGGUCUGCAGUGUUUAAACUCGCUUUGAACCUCGGCCAAGGUGGUACCAAGUACUAUCCACAACUUUUGUUAAUGGAAAACCCCAAAAAACAGUAGAGCCGUGCCGUACCAUGCAGUGGAAAUGCAGCACAAAACACAAAGGACAGUAACACUGUACUGCCAAAAUCCUUUUUUUAUUUUCUAUUGCCUGGAUCUUAGUAUUUGCGUCAUUUCGGUUUUAGUUGGGAAAAUCUGUGCAAUUCAGUCUCCCAGCAUUAUGUACAAAUACAAUAUAUUCUAUUAUUAUCUACACAACUGGUGAGAACAGAAGAAAGAAGGAAGGAAAGACAGGGCUCCACCAAAGUCAGCUGUCAACGCACUAAGCAGUGUAUAUCAGAAUCUCAUCAGUUGUAUUUGCACUGAUACAAACAAUUGUACUGUACCUAUUUUGAUGUGACCACUGCAAGAAGUAGAACACAUAAAAGGACUCUUUCAAUUGGAGGCUGUUUCUUUGAUAUUACAUGAAUACAGCUGAAGAGCAGUGCUUGGUUUUAACAGUUUGUUUUAUGACAGAGCCCCUAGAAGGCUAACACUGAAAUUUUAAAGUUAUAAACAAAAGUGUCGUGAUGCAAAACGUAGGAAAAGAAUGCCCAGAUUAAAAAUAAUUGCGAUUGCCGUUUAAAUCACAUUUGGAGAAAACGUUGCUGCUUCUCUUGUCGUCAGAUGGCGUGCUCCUCCUCUUCUGCACCCCUCCAGCUUUUGACUGGUGCUCAAUUUCCAGCUCUGAUAGAUUUUCAUUCCACUACUCUUCAUGGCACUUGAUGCUGUACUUAGGUGCUCUAACUCUAAUCUGGCUCAACUAGUAUUUGCAAAUGUCAAUUUGUUUUGCCCGAGGUGGAGUAGCAGAAUGAUGGGAUGUAUUGCUUCAGUGGAUGUUAAUGUUUAACUGUACUUCACAGAGGCUAAAAUAAGCGCUACUAUUUGCAAAUGCCAUUUGACCCAGAUCUGCCACAGGUGGCAUACUUUAUCUUACUAUAACAUUCAAGUAGGGGUGAGCACCUCUGAGUUUAAACUCUAGAGGGCAGCAGUGACUGCUGUUUCAAAGUGGUUUGUACAAACAAACCUGCAAGCACUUGAGAUCCAUUCAGAAGCCAGUAGAGCCUUGCCUUGCUACUUUAACCAUCCAUGGCCAGUAGAGGAGGAUCUCACAGCCUGUUUGCUGACCAUGGAUGGGACUCACCAAAGCAGCUCAAGGGAAAGUUGAUCUUUGUCCCCUUGUGGCGCAAAUGUGAAUGAAGUCUGGACAAGCUUUUAGGGAAGCCCAAUCCUAGGUUUAAGCAGAAGGAAACAGUGUUGGGACAGCAGUGCUUUUGGUGCUCCUACACACACACUCUGGUGCUCUCCUAUUAUUACACUUGAUUUACUGUGAAAGGCCCACUCCUUCCUCUGCAUGGUGCUGUCAUCUAUAGAGCAGAGGGAGGCGCUUCCUUCUGCAGGCACCUUGUCACCACAGAGCCAGCCAGUCAAAGUGGCCGCCCUGUGGUUGCAGCUCUGUCAUUGGGCUCGACAACUGGUUCAUUUUGAGGUGCUUUUUUGCAGUUUAUUGGUGCAAAGCGGUUUGGUCUCAAACUAAGUACACUGUACAGGGCAGAGAAAGCACAGUCAUUCGGUGCAUUGUUCGUAACCCAUUCACAGAGCAAACAAUAGUACUAAGAGCUUAAGGGAGACCUUGGAAAAUGACUGGAGCUUCUGGGAGUUGGCGCCAAAUUCAAGUGCAUUGAAUCUCUCACUUUGCAUGCGUGGGUCUUAAAAUGACUCGCACGCAUGGGUGCGUGAAAGAGAAAAGCCAAAGAGAGAGACUAUUUGAGAGCCUGGAUGGCUCUUUUUUUUCGUUUUCAGGCAUCGACCAUGUUACUAUUUGAUUAAUUGAAUUCAAGCAGUGACAUGGUUUGCUUGCAACAUGUGUCGAAAAUGAAAAUGAGCGGCUAAUAGAAUUGGAUACAGGCUGACUCCUGGCUGCUGGGGGGGUUGUUUGAGUCAAGGCCCUGGUCAUCUGUGAAAGACCCUGUUACCUCUCCCGAGGGUCUCCAGCUCUCUACCUCACGCUGUAGAGACACUGGUCACAAUCACAACUUGCUACUGAGGGCAGAGAAUCAUGCAUAUGUCCCUUUGUGUGUUCUAGAUCUCCACACUCAUUUUAACCUCCUUUUUUUACUCUUAUUUAUUACUACAUGGUGAUGAUGAUGAUGAUAAUGAUUGUCUUUGAUGUUAUUGGUUUUUUUUCCAUCUUUUUUUAUAUAGCUAAUACAAAUUGUACAUAGAGAAGAAAAGAUUUAUAAAAGCACUUUUAAUCUUGAUUUUAAUGACAAAAAGAAAGAGCCGAUUAUUGACAACUUGAAGCUUAGUUUUGUUUUUUUUGGUUUUUUCUCAAGAGAGAGAUACAAAUGUAAAUAUUAAAAUAUUUAGGUAAGAUUAUUUAACUGGUGAGGAUAGUACCUGAACCAUGAAUGACAAGGGGGUAUUUUGAAGUCUCUGACAGCCCUCCACAACAGUAAACAACACUUGGUCCCAAUGUGUUGUGUGUAAAUGUGUGCUUAGUAACACUGUGGUUUUGCUUUCGUAAGUACUGUACCCCUUGUCAGCAUGUAACUGACAGAGACUUGUCACAAAUUCAUCAGCCCAAUUAUGUAACGCGUAACCCCACUUGACUGACUCACUGACGACGGCCACUAUAACUGGAGGAUCCCCAAUCAAAUUUCAAUUUAAGCUUAAAAAAACCUCGACGACAAUGAUCUAUUGGCAGUAAGCUAAGGACAAAUCUAGAAAGGUAGCCGUGAACCCGACAAUGUGUGGAAAUGUGCUUAUUCACUUCCUCGCCGAGAGUUAGAUGAGACGAUUGAUACUACUAAGUAUUUGGAGCCAGCAGCUGGUUAGCUUAGCACCAAGAUGGAAAACAGGGGGAAACAGCUAGCCUGGCUCUGUGAACAGGUAACAAAAUCCACCUCCCAGCACACAUGAUCUAAAAUUUAACUGGUUUAAACCAGUUAAAGCAACACUAUGUAACUUUUCCCUCUUCGGUCCCCCUACAGGGGGAGGAAAAGUUACAUACUGUUGCUCAAGUUGUGGUUUAUGGUGGUUACGUGCCAAGACAUCGUCUGGCACAUAAACUCCUGUAAGAUUGACUGUUUUUGUAUGGAUGAAGCAAUAGGGCUUUAGAAGUGCUAGUAGGCAGAUUUCGUGACCUUUGGUCAGAGCCAAGCUAGGCGUUUGCCCCUGUUUCCAGUCUUUAUGCUAAGCUAACUGACGGCCGCUGGCUGUAGCUUUUAUAUUUAGCGUACAGAAAUGAGAGCGGUAUUGAUCUUCUCAUCAAAGUCUAAUAUUUCCCAAAAUGUUGAAAUUUUUUCCCUUAAUAUCAGUAGAGUUGCCCUAUAAAUGUACCACCCAUUCAUGUGCAGGGACGCAUCCAAAGGGGGGGGGAAGGGGGGGGUAGUUGCAGAGCCAGUCUGAGGUGAAUCAGAGAGAGAUGUUUUAGCGAGUAAUAGCCCAGCAAUCUUUGUCAGUUGUGUUAGACUAUCAGGUAAGAGACCGCCUCCCUGCUUGUUUAGAUGUAUCUAUCAUUAUCUAUUCUAGUUCUCAUUAUAUUAAGUAUGAAAUUGGCGUAAAAAUCAUGAUGCCCCUGUGGAAGAUUACAUACCAUGCUCGUUUGUAAUAAUUCAUCAUAUGAUACACACGUCACGGCCGACAGUAGUUUGACUGGUGCAGGGGCUGGGACUGGUACAGUGACAGCCCAUUUUACUCUUUAACCAUAACAUUAUAUACACACACACACACACACACACUUGCCUAACAAUGGGUGCUGAGGAUACAGUGUACAUGAUAUCUUAAUGACUGUAAAUUUCUAAAUGUCUCGCAAGUUUGGUGGAUGGUUCUCAUGAGAGGCCUCUUCCCAAACACGAACCGAGAUGAGGGCGUCAGUCAGCUGGUGCUAUGAUGCUGCACCUUAAAAUUCACUGUGUAAAAAAAAAAAAAAGUGCGAGGGAUAAAUGAUUACCACAGAUAUUUUUCUGAGCUCUUCGAAUGUCAAGAGAAGUAUACUUUUGAUUCAAGCAGUUUCAACGGGAUGGGAAGCUGCCCAGGUGCUGACUGAAAAGUCUUUUGUUACGAUGCUACAAAUUCCCAUCUCUUUUUGAGGGCAGGGGUGGCACUCAAAGAGUUGAUCACAUUCUCUAUUAAUAUUCAUUCCAUAUUGUACUUGAACUCAUUAAAACUAGGAUGAGAUAUAGAAUCAUAUAUGAGGACUGUUUUUGGGGUUUCACAUUUGGUACAGCAAGUACCGAAGGCUAUUGAAAUGAUCUUUUGAGUAUGUUGUACAUGUUCAUGUUAACUGAAUGCUAAGAUAUUUGAACAAUACAAGAAGAGUAAUUGUGUACUUCCUCCCUUCUCCCUGGUCAUGCACUUCUUUUACUCCACCCCUCUCUUAUUCUUGUAUAUUCUGUCUUUCUCACACACACACACACACACACACACACACACAUACAGAUAUAGAUAUGCAUCUCACUGUGUGUGGCCCACUUUUAGAAGUUGAUUGAACACCUACUUUAAUGAACACUCUCCAAAUUUGAGAUAGAGACUUGGACCCUGGCUCGUACAAAAAAGAAAAAUGAACCUACACAACUGGCAGCUACAUUUGAGUUUUAGGAUUGCUCUUGGUUCUUUAUUUUCAUGUCAAGGAUGCAGUAUGUAAAAAAAAAAAAAAGUGUUUUUGUUCAGUCUCUCUCUCUUUGUAGCUGUAUGGUGUAUCAUGUGAAUACAUAGUGUAUGUGGUAAAAACCCCACAAUAUUGUUUUAUGUUGCGCGAUAAAUAAAAACAUUGAAGUGAAAACAAA